AUGUUUAUUGCUCGCUCUGAAUAUGAUCGGGGUAUCAACACCUUCUCCCCCGAAGGCCGCCUCUUUCAAGUCGAAUACUCCCUCGAAGCAAUUAAGUUAGGAUCAACGGCAAUCGGCGUUGCCACCGGCGGUGGUGUCGUCCUGGGUGUUGAGAAGCGCGUCACCUCUACUCUCCUCGAGACCUCCUCUGUCGAAAAGAUUGUCGAAAUCGACCGCCACAUCGGAUGCGCCAUGUCCGGCCUCCAAGCCGACGCACGCAGCAUGGUCGAGCACGCCCGAGUCGAGUCGCAGAACCACGCUUUCCACUACAACGAGCCGCUGAGAGUGGAAAGCUGCACACAAGCCAUCUGUGAUUUGGCGUUGCGUUUUGGUGAGGGUGCUGAUGGUGAGGAGAGUAUCAUGAGUCGGCCGUUUGGUGUUGCGUUGUUGAUUGCUGGAUAUGAUGAGGAUGGACCUCAAUUGUACCAUGCAGAGCCCAGUGGAACUUUCUACAGAUAUGACGCGAAGGCUAUCGGGUCGGGAUCGGAAGGUGCACAGGCUGAGUUGCAGAAUGAGUUUCACAAGUCCCUGACCAUCGAGGAAGCCGAGACAUUGGUUCUGAAGACGUUGAAGCAGGUUAUGGAGGAGAAGCUCGAUUCAAAGAACGUGCAACUGGCGAGCGUUACCAAGGAGAAGGGGUUCCGGAUCUACACAGACGAGGAGAUGGCGGUAGUCGUAGAGAGAUUACCAGCAAAUUGA